AGGUGCAACUACGGAGCCAAAUAUCUCGGAGCCCAUCGAGCCUGGCGGCCGGUUCACAAGAUUGAGACUCAUGAAUGACAUCGCAAGGUUGGCUAUCGACACUGAGCACCAUAAGAAGUUUACAAAGGGAGCGGCAUUCGAAAACAGGCCAACAAGAUACUUCGAACUCUCUCUAACUACAUUAUCUGAACAUGUUGAGCUUGGAUGGGAGAUUUGCAGUGCUCGUCAAGACCAAGCCAUCGGCAACCCUUCGGCGUGGGUCUUAUGGAUAUAUGAGGAUGAGGGAGGGACUACUGCAGCUCGGGGGACAAUCAGGUCGCUGGCAUUCAUGCUCGAGGCCGGCGGGUUCUUCCUCAUCGCUGACAACAAAAGGAGAAAGAUGAUGACAAAUGGAGAGAUAUUCAGAACUGAUCGACGCCUGAUUCGGCCCAAGAACACGAUCAUGAUUGGGAAUGUAUUUUCGCUUCACCCGAGCAUGUCUGAGGGGAAACCCGUGAUCGAGCCGUUGAUUUUCGGGAAUUUCAUAUAA